GGAAGUGGAAGGGACGGUCCGGGAAUCUUGGUAAAUACCGGACCUUUCCAGGUCUCUCGCGCUUGUGAGAAGAGUAGGACGCAAGAUGUCGGAGCGAAAAGUUUUAAACAAAUACUACCCGCCCGACUUUGACCCUUCGAAGAUCCCCAAACUCAAGCUCCCCAAAGACCGGCAGUAUGUGGUGCGGCUGAUGGCGCCCUUCAACAUGAGAUGCAAGACGUGCGGCGAAUACAUCUACAAAGGCAAGAAGUUCAACGCCCGCAAGGAGACUGUGCAGAAUGAGGCCUACCUGGGCCUGCCCAUCUUCCGUUUCUACAUCAAGUGCACACGCUGCCUGGCCGAGAUCACCUUCAAGACAGACCCCGAGAACACCGACUACACCAUGGAGCACGGGGCCACACGCAACUUCCAGGCCGAGAAGCUCCUGGAGGAGGAGGAGAAGCGGAUCCAGAAGGAGAGGGAGGACGAGGAGCUGAACAACCCCAUGAAGGUGCUGGAGAACCGGACCAAGGACUCGAAGCUGGAGAUGGAGGUGCUGGAGAACCUCCAGGAGCUCAAAGACCUGAACCAGCGGCAGGCCCACGUGGACUUCGAGGCCAUGCUCCGGCAGCACCGCAUGUCAGAGGAGGAGCGACAGAAGCAGGAGCAGGAGGAGGAUGAGCGGGAGACGGCGGUGCUGGUGGAGGAAGCUCGGAAGCGGAGACUUCUGGAAGACUCCGACUCAGAGGAGGAGGCGGCAGCUCCCGCCCUGCCCCGGUCGGCUCUAAGGCCCAACCCCACCGCCAUCCUCGAUGAGGCCCCAAAAGCCAAGAGGAAGGCGGAGAGUUGGGAGCGGAGUGUCGGCACCCUUGGCACUAAGCCCCGAAUGUCAGGCCUGGUCAUUGUGAAGAAAACCGACCCAGAUGCCAGCACCCUGAAGGAUCAGGGGGCGUCUGCCACUGGCUGUGUGAAGAACGGAUCAGCGGCCGAUCAUGCCCCCCCGAAGCCCGUGUCCUCCUCCCUGAGCCAGCUGGGGGCCUAUUCGGACAGUGAUGACAGCAACGGCAGCAGCUGAGCCCGAUCCCCCACCCCCGCGGGCACCCAUCGCCCAGCCCGCCUGACUGUCCAGCGCCAGCCGCCGACCAGCAGAAGCCUCCGGCCCGGCCGCCAGCAGGAUGGUCCCAGA